CAUAUGCAAAUUAUAAUGAAUUAUUUUUGCAUCUGUUUUCCAGGUUCAGCUCAACUACUGUUUAGUAACGUCAAAUCUGUAGAAUUCACUAAGUGCAAUGAAACUGUCGUCAUCCCUUGUAUCGUCCUCAAUGUGGAGGCACAAAGCACUGAAGAAAUGUAUGUGAAAUGGAAGUUAAACAAAACAUAUAUUUUCAUCUACGAUGGAAGUAAAAACAAUUCUACUGUAGAGACUAACUUUACCAGUGCAAAAAUCUCAGUCUCAGACUUACUGAAGGGUGAUGCCUCUUUGAAAAUGGAAAGGCAACAAGCUGUCUUGGGAAACUACACAUGUGAAGUUACAGAGUUAUCCAGAGAAGGCAAAACAGUUAUAGAGCUGAAAUACCGUAUGGACUCCAUCCCAGACCAAGGAUCAGACUGUUCUUACCACACUACCCCUACCCCUGCAGGGGACGAGAAGGAGAAAGGAGGUUGCAAAUUAGCUUCCUGGUUUUCUCCAAAUGAAAAGAUCCUUAUUGUUAUUUUCCCGAUUUUGGCUAUACUCCUCUUCUGGGGAAAGUUCGGUAUUUUAACUCUUAAAUAUAAAUCCACUCGAACGAAUAAGAGAAUCAUUCUGCUGCUGGUCGCCGGGCUGGUGCUCACUGUCAUUGUUGUUGUUGGAGCCAUUCUUCUCAUCCCAGGAGAAAACCCUGUAAAGAGUGCUUCUGGACUUGGCCUCAUUGUCAUCUCUAUAGGAACACUAAUACUACUUCAGUACAAUGUGUUUAUGACUGCUUUCGGGAUGACCUCUUUCACCAUUGCCAUAUUGAUCACUCAAGUGCUGGGCUAUGUCCUUGCUUUGGUUGGACUGUGUCUCUGCAUCAUGGCUUGUGAACCAGUGCACGGCCCCCUUUUGAUUUCAGGUUUGGGUAUCAUAGCUCUAGCAGAAUUACUUGGACUAGUUUAUAUGAAAUUUGUCGGGCACCUGAAGUCAUUAGUCUACGUGGCACAAGAGUUGUUUCCAAAGCCAUUACCAUCCAGUGCAAUAUAUGAGCAGCUUCCAACCAGAGGACUAUACAACCUCCUAGGAAAGCUGUAGAGGAACCCCUUAACGCAUUUAAAGAGUCAAAAGGAAUGAUGAAUGAUGAAUAAGUGAGGGGAAGUGAUGAACUGUUCCUGCAGAGUCAGAAGUAAAGGAAUACAUUUGUGUUGAAGCACCAUGGUCUUGCUGACUCAGCUGGGAAGAAGAAAACAAAUAAACAACAGUAACUGACUUUCUCAUCUAUGAAAGAACAUGUCAUUGACCCAUAGAUGAUUAUUACAGUUAAGUUUAUAUUCAAAGCAGCUGUGAUUUACUUAAUAAAAGAAUCAUGAUUGUGUUGUGUAACCAAUUGAAAUCCAUUUUUCUAUUGUUUCUACUCAACUAGGGGCAAAAGUAUCAAGGGCAACUUCCAAGAAUGAUGCUCGCUAGAUCCUUGAGUCUCUGGACACUGGGUUUAAAUCAAUUCUGGACGAGACUUGCUUAGCAUUAACCUGAUGGUUAUCCAGAGAUACCUACGAAAAACAGUGGUAUCCAGCAAGCCUUAGUAAACUCAGGUUCCCAGCAGCUUUGUCACUUAUGCUGCUUGCUGAAUAAUGUGACUGCCACUGCCAGGACCUAGGGAUAGAGACUGAGGUAGACAAAUGAAUUUGGCAGACAAAUCUUGUAUGCCCCCUAUGUGUGCUAUGAUAGAUGGCACUAAUGUCUUCAUUCUUGGGGGUUGCCUCCAUUUACACCCCUCCCUUUGACACCCCAAUUUUGGAUAUUUUUUUAUAGAUGUGCUUUUUUUCUUUCUUUCUCUCUUUCUUUCUUUCUUUCUUUCUUUCUUUCUUCCUUUCUUUUUGUUUUUGCACAUGACUCUUUCGCACCCUUGUCCUGCCCUGCUACUUGCGUUUGAGGUAUAAGAUGGAGUACCUUUGCUCCUCUUCAAACAUGGGCCUGUGACACAGUAGUGUCAGUUGCAGAAAGGAGCCAGACUUAUUCUCCAAGCACUGUGCUCACUCAUACUUUUCAGCAAAAGAAAAUAGCUAUGGUUGUAACAUAUGUAUUCCAGACCUCUGGUUUGAAGGCCAAAUCUGAGAUGUUUCUUCCCAUGUUUUCUGAUCGGAGGCAUGACAAAGCAAGACUGAAAUCUGAUCUAUGCGUCUCCUGCAUGGCAACAUGUGUCUCCAUCGGGCCCUAGCAAGGCCAGCGGAGGAGGGUUUACGCCUGUUGUCUCUUUGUUGCAUGAUGAACACUCAUCACCUUCCUCCUGUAUCCUGCCUCCUGCCUCCUCCUCUUUCCCUAAGUUUGAAAACAAAGCCACCCCAUUCCCUACCCGGUUAGCAGAAAAUCAACGUCCUGACAGUUGUGAUCGCAUGGAGUACUUUUAGAUUAUUAGCACUUGUUUUGACCUCGUUUGUGGGCGUGUUUGUAUGUGCACAUGUAUAAGGUAGGCACAUGCAUCUUCUGUCCCCCCAAAGUGAGGCCUCAACAGAAGAGCAAAUGCUGACUUUGUGCUUUUAGUAAAUACAUUUACAAACAAAGGUCCUUAUUGGGUGGAAUUAUAUUUGAUGCAAAUAUUUGAUCAGUUUAAAACUAGGUAAUGUGCCAAGCUUUUUUGACUGCUCACCAGUGCCCUCUUAAAAAAAAAAAAUUACCAGUAAUGUUUCCUGUUUGUGUAACAAGGCAUUCGUAUUUGUGUUUGCAUUACUAGUGGUUAUUUCUUCUUAGUCCACUGAAUGUUUCCAUGUGCCUCUUGUAUGCCAAAUUUAUUGUCAUCUUUCAUGUAGGGACCAAGUGGUUUGUUCAUGGCAAACCUAAACUUAUGACCUGCUGAGGCCUCUCAGAAAACUGACCACACUACCAAGAUAGUGCUUCUAAAGAAAAGUAGGUUUCCUCCCUGAUUUUGUAGCUGUUCUAAAUAUUUGUGUAAAAAGAGGGAGCUGAAUGCCUUUAUACAAAACCGAUGGCUCCCGAUGCUCUCCUUUCUCCUUCUGAAAAUAUUUAGACUUUGCUCAUAUUGUCAGUUACUUUGAAAUCAGUUUUGAUAAAGAGAGCAAAAAGCAGACUUGGAACAGAUCCAAAUUUUCCUAUUCUCUAUUAAGAGAGUCAGGUGUGAAAAUCUUUAUAGUCAUUUUUUUUUUCAAACUAAAGUUGUACCUUUUAAUAUGUAGUCAAUGCCCCUCUGCUUGGGCUUCAGUCCUGGGUCUUAACCAGCUGUCAUGUUGUCUUUGUUGCCUGCCAUUUGAGGCAUUGAGUGCCCCAGACAGUGCCACUGGUGAUAGCCAGGGAAAGACAAAAUGAAUUUGACUCUUGUUCUUAGUUAUCAACUUCUCUGUAUAAGGGACUACAGCAGCAAAGAGUCCUCCUGCCUGGGCAUUAUUGGGCCAGUUCACCCUCUUUAAAUCAAACCCGAAAUGGCUCCCGGAUCUUAUCCUAGCAGAUUUAAAUUGCUAACAAUAUUGUGGGCUGCAUGCAUCCGUUUUGCCCCACAAUGUGUUUUUUCUCUCUGAUCCCAAUUUCUGCUGUCAUUAUCCUCUAUUCGGUUUUUAUUUAUUAUCCUCUCUCCAUUUAUACAAUAGUAUGGAGGGAUGCCAUUUGUCAUUUUCCAAAACACUUUUUCCAGCCUUUAUGGCUGAGUCCCAUUUUUCUUCUCUUUCAAAUCGUUGUGCUUCAGCCUUUACCUGUCACUGCCUGUACUUUGCAGCCUGUCCCCAUCAGUCUGGGGGCUCUCUCAUCUCUCACUUACCCUUCCUGGUGCUUCAUGUAUCCCUGCUUAGCUCUGUUGGAGUUUUUGUCUUAUUCUUCUCACUGGACUUUAAGAAUUCCUUCAACAACAGAAGUGUGGCUUUCCUUUCUUCCUUUUCUGCCUGCAGUGUUCUGCAUACAUAGUAGACACUCAGUACAAAAGUUUGAUGACAAGAGUUGCCUGCACUUAGAUUUCUCUUUUUAAUAGGGUGAACUAGAGGUUUUCUUUCUUUCUUUUUCUUUUAUUUUUCUUUCUUCCCCUGACAAAUUUCACAUGUUUUGAAAAUUAUAUGAGAUUAAUUAUAAGAGAUACACCUGAAAAUUCCAAGUCUGGUCUGUUGAAAUCAUUGAGAAUAUCAGACUAAAAGUCAUGGAGCUGUAUCAUAAAUAAUAGGCUCUCUUUCAGGAUGUUGUAGUCAAUAUAGUGGCCAAAUUGUAUUUGAGUUAAUAAAACUGGAAAAGUGGUGAAUUCACUCUGCUAUUAUCUCAUUAAUAAGAGUUCAGUUGUAUAUCCUUGUCUAGGUUUAUCUUGUCUUACAGUGGGUAUUCAAAAAUGGCCGCCAGAGGACAUGUAUAAAUACAGGCACCUGUUUGCCCAGGGUUGGGAACUAGAAAAAAAAAAUGUCUGGCUACACUUUGUCUUUUUACUUUAUUUAACUGAGGGUUUAUUUAGAGAUGAGUGUUAAAAAUCUCUUAAUCGCCACACCCACUAGACGUCUUGUUAAAUCAUCUUCUGUGGCCAAAAGGGAUGACCCAAGAUAACUUUAAAAAGAUAAGCGGUACCCAGGAAAUUGUCCUGCCUAUGACUUUGAUCGCCCUUCAUUAUGACCGUUUAAUAGUGAGUUUUCCACCUGUCUGGUAUUUGGAGGAAAAGAAAGGGCAUUUUUAGUAAGCCUCUCUGCAAGAUGGUAUCAGUGCAGUCUUCAGGGUGUCAUGACAGAUGACAGAGGAAAACAUUUUUGAUUUUUAUUAAA